AUGGCAGCGUGGCAGCGUGGCUUCGCCUCCGUUGCUCCUGGCCUGGCACAAGCCUGGGUGAUGGCUCCAGCUGUCAAUAUGGAAGUGGCACGUAUUCUCGUACGGAUACGGAAUGAGAUCGGAAAAAGGGCGUUUCUAAGCCUUCCUUGUCGUCGAUCCCAGAGCCUAAAGUACUUCUCCGCCAUCUCGUUACCUCUCCAGGACAAGUACGUCUUUCAACACUUAUUGGACGGCAAGUUUCUGCAAGACCGGGUUCCAGCCACCAUCAAUAGCCGUGCCAAGCAUCAUCCUCCUCAGUUUGGCGGAGGUAGUUAUUUGUUACACACUACUCCUACUAGAAGAGCUGCCACGAAUGGAUUCGGGAAGAUGAUAGGAUCACGAAAAAUAAUCCGAUCUUGCUGCGGUGCUUUGGGGAUCGUUAAAGAUGAGCUUGGUUCUCAGGUCCGUCUCUCGGUCAACUGA